AAGCACCACUCAGUUCUGUGUGCUUGGAUCAUUCUCUUUUUCGAGGUUGCAGAGGGAGAGUGGUGGGACCCAGGAUGCAGAAGGCGGUUUGCUAAGUGCCCCUCCAGCCUGAGUGCUCUGUGAGGAAACCUGCUGUGUAAACAAGAUGGCUGCUUCCUGCCUGGAACUCCUCGGAGCAGAGGUCCUCGUGACAGGAGCCUCUCCAGGGUGGAGAGGGAGCCUGGUAGCCUGCAUUCAUAUAAAUGGUGCUGUCCUCCUCUCCACUCUGACCCGGACGCAGACAUCCAUAGGCUCUGUUUGUAUGGGAGGAGCAGCUGGAGUAAGAGCCAUGUUGCUGUGCUCUCUGGUCCUCACCCUCAUCCUGCUGAUGGUCUCUGGCAUGGAGUGCGAUGUGAAGGAAGUUUGUGUUGGAAGCGCAGGCAUCCCUGGUACUCCGGGAUCCCACGGCCUGCCAGGCAGAGAUGGGAGAGAUGGUGUCAAAGGAGACCCUGGACCUCCAGGCCCCAUGGGCCCCCCCGGAGGAAUGCCAGGUCUCCCUGGGCGUGAUGGGCUGACUGGAGCCCCUGGAACCCCUGGUGAACGUGGAGAUAAAGGAGAACCUGGAGAGAGGGGCCCUCCAGGGCUUCCAGCUCAUCUAGAUGAGGAGCUCCAAAACAUAUUCCAUGACUCCAGACGUCAAAUCUUGCAGUCAUUGGGAGUUCUCAGUUUGCAGGGCUCCAUGCUGGUAGUGGGAGAGAAGGUCUUCUCCACCAAUGGGCAGUCGGUCAACUUUGAUGCCAUUAGAGAGUCAUGUGCCAGAGCAGGAGGCCACAUUGCUGUCCCGAAGAGUCCAGAGGAGAAUGAGGCCAUUGCAAGCAUCGUGAAGAAGCACAACACUUAUGCCUACCUGGGCCUGGCCGAGGGCCCCACCCCAGGAGACUUCUACUACCUGGAUGGGGCCCCUGUGAAUUACACCAACUGGUACAAAGGGGAGCCCAGGGGUCGGGGCAAAGAGAAGUGUGUGGAGAUGUACACAGAUGGGCAGUGGAAUGACAGGAACUGCCUGCAGUACCGAUUGGCCAUCUGUGAGUUUUGAACAGGCGCCAAGGCCACAGGGUCGAUAUGGUCCUGCCUUGCCUUUCAGCCUCCCAAUAAAUGCAGAUCCACCCGAUCUGUGA